AUGUUACUUGAUACUUGUGCUACUGCUAAUUUCGCAACAAUUGGUUUAGUGAAUAAGUUACAGCUUACUCCAUCGAAAUGUUGUUUUUCUGUUGGUGCCCUCGAUCACCUUACAACAACAGUUAAUGGCAUGGUUUCCAUCACUUUCAAAUCUGUUUACAACGAGCAUAAACGCACGCUUAACUUUUUGAUCGUUCCUAACAUAUCAGAUUUCGUCCCAAAUCAAUUAAUUCCUCGAGAGCGUAUCAGAAUUCCUAAAAACAUUUCAGUUGCUGAUCCAAAAUUUCACGUACCCGCUCCUAUUGAUAUGCUUAUUGGGGCCGGAGUAACUCUAUCCUUGUUUUCAAUCGGCACUAUUAAUCUGUCUCAAGAUAAAAGUGAUCUCUAUUUACAAAAUACUCGGUUAGGAUGGAUCAUUGCUGGUGAUUUAGAAUAUUCAAAGAAAUCCAUAACGGUCGAAACUUCCGAUUGUUUAUUUACGGAAUUAAAAGCGAUGGUUGAAAAGUUUUGGUCUGUAGAAGAAAUAUUAACAGAGCGGUCCAAUUUCAGUCAAGAAGAAAUCGAGUGUGAAAACCACUUCAAACAUCAUGUAACACGAGACGAUGAAGGACGCUUUAUCGUAGCAUUGCCCUUCAAAUCAACGCGUGUUGUGUUAGGAGAAUCUAAACAAAACGGUCUUAAAAGUCUAAACGGAUUAUUAAAAAGAUUUGAAAAUAACUCUCAAUUAAAAACGCAGUAUACAGCUGUAAUACAGGAAUAUUUAGAUUUGAAUCAUAUGUCACUAAUAAAGUCAACUCAAAAUUCGGAGGGUUUUUACUUACCUCAUCAUGCAGUUAUUAAAGAAUCAAGUAGUAAGACAAAAUUAAGACUCGUUUUCAAUGCAUCAGCGAAGAGCACGUCGGGAACUUCUUUGAACGAAAUGUUAAUGGUCGGCCCUACUAUUCAAGACGACCUUUUUUCCCUAUUGAUCCGUUUUAGAUUUCAUGCGUAUGUGAUUCUCGCUGAUAUAGAGAAAAUGUAUCGACGGUUUCUCAUUCGCGAAGAAGACCGUAAAUAA